AUGAAACUGCAUCGAGCAAGACGCUGAUGACAGACAAGGAAGAGGAGUUAAAAAGGGAAUGGAGGCUGGGAAAAGGAGAGCCUCUGCCCAGAUUCAAAGCUAUUGACUAAAUAACGUACUGCUUACAAAAAUUCAUACAUAAACGUUUAAGUAUAUGCUGAUGCAUAAGAAGCAUACGGUGAUGUGACUGUGCGGUGACUAUUCUGCUGAGAAGUGAAAAGUAUUUCACAAGGAAAAAAUAUGCCUCCCAAGUUUAAGCGCCACCUCAAUGAUGAUGAUGUCACAGGUUCUGUGAAAAGUGAAAGGAGAAAUCUUUUGGAAGAUGAUUCAGAUGAAGAAGAGGACUUUUUUCUAAGGGGACCAUCUGGACCAAGAUUUGGACCUAGAAAUGAUAAAAUUAAGCAUGUUCAGAAUCAGGUGGAUGAAGUUAUUGAUGUCAUGCAAGAAAAUAUUACAAAGGUAAUUGAGAGAGGGGAGAGACUAGAUGAACUACAGGACAAAUCAGAAAGCUUAUCGGAUAAUGCAACAGCUUUUAGCAACAGAUCCAAACAACUUCGAAGGCAAAUGUGGUGGCGUGGAUGCAAAAUAAAAGCCAUCAUGGCUUUGGUUGCUGCCAUCCUUUUGCUAGUGAUUAUCAUUCUUAUAGUCAUGAAAUACCAUACUUGAUUUGAUGACAGAAAUCUUCAUUAAACAAGAUCUGGGACAGUAAUAAAAGAUUGCUGCAUAAUUUAAAUGAAACCUAUGUGUAUAUAACUUUCAAAACUUUCAAGAAAAUAAGAGGCAAGUAUCACUUCAAAUUGGAACGUUGAGAAUGUCCAAUUAUCUUCUCCCCUUCUAACAAAAUGUUCUUUUAAUAAUUAUGUUUAAGGCAAAGAGAACUAGCCUCUAUUUUUCCAUAUUUCAAAGGUCUGAUUUGAAACUAGAUACUUGCCAGUUCAUUAUUUGUGUAUAUAAACACUGAUGAUAAUGUUUCAUACUAGUAUUUUAAUGGUAUAAGGACUUAAAUUAUUGCAUUAGGGAGCGGGUCAGUUGGAGGUCAGGAAGCCUAUGUAGAGUACCAAAUUAUUACGCUGAAAAAGAUGCAUAACCAUUCUGUCAAUAUUUGCAAAAAUAUCAUUCUUUUCAUAUUACAGUUCUUUUGCAAGCAAUUUUCACAUUUAUACAUGUAACAAAAGCUAAAUGUUGUAAAUGUUGUUGCCUUCAGCUAUAACUAAAAACAUUCCAGUAAAUAUAUUUUUGACUGUGUAAGAGAAUGUGUAGUAAUUUUUUUGGCAUUUGGAUUAUGGAAAAGAAAAAUUUAAACAGGGUUGAAAACAUAGUAUGGUACCAUAAAACUGGAGAUAAUAAAGUUAUUGAAGAGUGUCAUCAGAGUGUUUGGAAAUGACCAAUAUAUAGCUGCCAGUCAUCGUCCAGUCUGUUUUCAGUUAAACUCCAGUAAAGAGACACCAGUCAGUCCUAAUGUGAGUAAAUGAAAUUCACAGGUAACUUACUCCUUAAUUUUAGUUAAUAGCCUCUAACUUCCAACUAUCUAAUUUCCCAAAAGUAUGAAAAGUAGCAAAGCCAUAUGUUAAUACUUUGAAUUUUAUAUCUUUGCAUUUCCUGUUCAUUUUUGGGGAAAUGCAUGUUGCACAAUCAAGUUUUACAUCAGCCAACAGUAAUGAGUAGUAGAACGUCAGGAACCUAGGUAUCUACAUACAGGACAGUCCAACAGGACAGUCCAUCAGUCGGUAACCAUAUACUAGAGAGUGACCGUUAACCUGAGCCUGGUUUUAUAAUAAAAAAAUGUGUUAACUUUAAAGUAUGCCAACCUCCUUGUGUCUUUUAAACAAGUCAGAGUGAAAAUAUUGUCCCCUAAGGUGUGGGGAGAGGAAGCUUUAUAAUAAAAUUAGUGAUUCUGCAGAAACUUGUACACUGGAUAUCUUGAAAAUAUGAAUACAAAACUCCCUAAAUUAAAAAUAGGGUUAAUAGAAAUUACCAGUAUUUAAAUAGGGAAAAAUGAUUUUAUGUUCAUUUUAUUUAGGUUUUAUUUCUUUGGUCAUCUUAAUGCAAAAUGAAUAAAACAUAGAAUCUGGGUUUGAUGUUUGGUCUUUUUUUUUUUUUUUUUUGGUCUGUUUUUAAAAUUUUACAGGAUUAUUACUAGGAGGCAAAAAAUGUUUAGAAUGGAAAGAAAUUUGAAGAGAGAAAACAAACUAAGAGACACCCAAGACACCUGCAAGUUAUCUAAUAAUAUCUAAAUAGAACUACUAAAUUUUAUAGUUUGCUUAGAGCGUUAGGAAGAUGAUAAAGGUCUUACAUACUAUAGAGUGUUGUCUCUGGUCUCUGUGCUCUUUGUAAAUGUCAAUUAGUGUAAACAGCAUCUGAACUGCUAAUCUUUUAACAAAUUAAGAUACCCAGAAAAAUGAGCAUUUUUAGAAUUUCAGUAGCUAAUAGUUCAGGAAUAGAAAUGUUUUAACUGAAUGGACAGAAUCAGUCCUAACAUUUGUAUAUAUAUCCUUUAUUUGAAUUGGAACUAGACUCAGAAGUGGUUAAUUUUCCAUUAGUUGAUGUGGAAAUCUGGUUUCUCCAUACUAUCUACAAGUGAAGAUGAAGAUUACUUUUCAAAAAGUAUUCAUAUUUCCAGUGUUUCUUUUAAAAAAGUAUGCCACUUUUAAAUAAUUACAAAAAGUAAAAUUAUAAAAUUGUUUUAAUUUUAAUCAUAAGAAAAAUUAGUAUUUAUAUGACAAUAUUGUGUAUAUGUCGCUGUCUUUGUAAUUUAAACAUAUUGCUGCCACGGAUAUGGGUAACAGACAUAUCACUCUUAGAACUUUGUAGUAGAGAUGGCUUAGUUCGUAGUUGAUCAUUUCGUCUUUCUUGGUCUUAAUUAAUCCGAAAACCCUUCAAAUGGCUGGCAUGGUUAUGACUUUAUUGUGGUAACCUUGGAGAUGUGAGCCCUCUUAUGAUCAAAAACAGAAGAAAAAUGUAUCGUUCAAACUGAUGCUAGGCCUACCUUCAUUCCCUCCCUUAAUCACCUUUUUUCUCAUUCAGCUCAGAUCAUCCUGCACUUGAAAAAGGAAGUUUUACCACCAUCAAAACUAUCAUUAUUUAACAAGUGAAGAUUAACAGAAAAAUUCAAGUAGCUUUGCACAUACUAGUUGAUACUCAGUGAAAUCACAUCACUAUUUUUAUGCCUGAAUCCAUACCCUUGUGAUUUAUGUUUAAUUACAGAAGCCUAUUGCCUUGCAGCAGUUUUGUUAUUAUAACACUAAUUAAUUGGUUACCACUCCUUAUUAUAACUCAGUAAUAUCUGUGGUUGUUUGGCUCCUCUAUCCUGACAAAGUUCACUGGAAAUUGCCCUCAGAUUUUAUAAACUGGGGAUUUCUUAAUUAGAUGAAAGUUCACUAUUGAAGAUGGAAUAUUAUAUAAGAUAUAGAAAUACUUUGUUAGCCCUCCUACAGAUUGCCUAUUAUAGUCUUUCUGUGCAUUUCAAUACUCUGUAUUAGAAAAUUAAAACUUCGCACAUUUGAUAGCAAAAAUUGGCAUUUUUUAAUUCUGUAUGGUAUGUGAUAAUACGUGUACAGACUGAGAAGGCAGGAAUAUAAUGUAAAGAAAUUGAAAUCUCUCAUUGCUGGUAUACUCUAAAACAUGCUUGAUGCCUUGUCAGCAUCAUUACCCACAUUGACUCUGUAUGUAUAUCUGUAUAUACACUAUGAUUAGAAAAUAUGCAAGAAACUGUUUUUCCGUGUUAAGAACAAAUGCCAUUAGAAGAUGUCCCGUUAAUUGUAUUGUCAGAGUACUACUAAGUCAAGGGUGACUGUUCUGUUAACCUAAUUUUGUGUUUUCACAUGGAUGGACUCCAUUUUUCUGUGAGUUGAGAAUAAGAGCUUAAGUCAGUUUGAAAGCAUUUACAAGUUUGCUUUAGAAUGUAGUGUAGUGCUUAUAUUUGUGAAGGAAAUUGGCACAAAGCAGUGGAAAGACAGUGGAUUCUAAGGGCUGAAAGGUGUUCUACUUUUUGGCUGCUUUUCCCAUGUUGUAGACAAAUAACAUGCCUGAGACUGAUGUAGGGUUUAGGUCCUCUUUUUAACUUUGAUGUUAGGCUAACUCUGAUUUUUUUUUUUUUUUUUUUUUUCUGGAAACCAAGUAGAAUUAAGGAUGGGAACACAAAUACUUUUAUUCUGGCUCCUGUUUUUGUUUUUUUCCAAGAAGCUUCUUGGAACAAAUCAAUAGGAAUUGAAAGGAAGCAUGGCCAACCCAAUUACAGGGGAUAAAUGUAAGCUUGUGAAAGCAAGCACCACACCAUGUUUCCGUCUCCCUAGCACCUAGCGCAGUGCUGUGUACCUUGGCAGAUGCUAGAUAAAUGUGUGUUGAAUGAAUGUACCCCUGAAGUCACAAAGAUGCCACAAGUUAGUAUAUCAGUGAGAGCUGACUCCACAGUGCUCCCUGGAGAAGCAACAUGAGUGACCGAAGAGUGGGGCCUUUGGCCUUUGCCUGGAUAUAGGGGUGCUCUUCUACUGUAACUGGGUAUGGAAAAACUCUGGCUUUAUGGUAUCCCAUUAGGUUCUUUGCAUUUGAAGUAGUCUUAAAAUCAAAGUAUCAAAUAUUUUAAAGCAACAAAGAUUACAUAAUUAGCAGAGAUUUUAGUAAAAUGUUAGAAGUCAAACUAUAAGAAAAUUCAAGCGCUUUAUUUUGUGUCUUGGGUAUAUGUCAUUAUUUUAAAUUCCACACUCCCUUAUUUAAUCACUUUGGUAAGUGCCUUUGAUGUUUUGAGAUGUAUAGUGGGAGAUGAGCAAAUGUAAAUGUCAUGUGCCCUAUUCCCUAGCUUCUCAAUUCCUCAUAACCAUUUUUACCAGUGUUGCAAAGUUUAGUCCUUUGUGUUAAUAUCAGAAAUGUAUUUGUAGCCCCUCCACAGUGAACAGUGAAAUAAACUAUUUCAUAGAAAACAAAAAUUAA